UUGGAUUUUAUUCGAGUUCGAGGGUUGUUCGAGUUCGAGUUGUAAAAUCAUAAGCGUAGUAAUAAAUUUCUUGGUUGAAUUUUACAAUUUAAGCAAUUAAAGAAACCUGAAAAAGCUUGAGACUUAAAAACUGCCGAGCGAUGAAACCAUAGAUUGGAAGGUCAAUUUUGAGUCGUUUCUUAUUUUCCUAUUUUAAUUCUCGUUGAAGAAUUCAUAUGAGUGGAGAAUCCCUGUUAGCGUCCGGACAAAAACUCUCUUCAGUAAUAGCGAACCUUGAGAAGCCAUCAAAGUUUUUAAAACAGUUGUACUUUUGUUGUAUACAACAGGAAGAAAAGAAUCAGUCCAGUGAACUAGCCCCGAGACAAGCAGUGACUAAAGCAGCAAAAGGACAGUCCCAAACGGAGAAUAAUGAUUUUGACCUCGAUGAAAGUACGCGAACAAAAUGUGGUACUGCUGAUGACUGCCUUUCGUCAGUGUAUGUCGGUGGCGAUAAAGUUCACUCCGCUAAAACUGUAAGUCUUGUUUCCUCAGCUCGGAUUGGAAAAAAGUUCAAGAACGUCAGCGAUCAGUACAAUGUUGUAAGUCGUGGCAACUUACAGCAGGGAGGACAAUACUUUAAUUUUAGACCUUCUCAUGUCCUUUUCCUCUCAAUAGAAUACUGCUAUCCAAAGUCGAAUAAGAUAAAUCAAAGUAUCUCAAAAUAGUUUUGUUUUACGUGUUUAAUACUAAGCUUAACGCUGACAGUUUAGCCUCCCAAAAUAUACAUCUUUAACAGUUGACAACAAUUUACAAGCGUGGCCGAGGAGUUGAACUCAGGGCUACCGAGAAACAAAUCCAAGUGGUGACCAGAGCGGGACUCGAACCCGGGACCGCUGCCUCCUGUUAAAUCACAACCUCUGAUCGUGUUGUCUAACCUUGUGUUGUCUGAAGCAAGCAAACGAAUUCCAUUAGGAGUAACAAAAAUUUCAAGCCACGCCCACAAAACAGGAUCUUGGUACCUCAGAACAAAGAAGCGAAAACGAAUAAGUGGAGUGCGCUCCACAGACUGCGUGUUUCUUGUUUCUUGCGGACCGAUCAGGCAAGGGACAAUCAAAACCUAAC